GACGUCAUCCAGACCGACGGCUACUGAAACAACGCUGUCUCCCCGCAUUGUAGCGACAGACACACGGGAGGAAGACUGGAGGAGUGAGGCAGGAGUUUCAAUGAGGUUAGAGCUUUUCACAUCGUCGACAGACAAAGGAGAGAAAAAUCUGCCAUUUACUGUAACAUGUAAAUGGAUGUGAAAGAGGAGACGUGUGAUGCCGACAUGAAUAUCAUGGAGAAAAGGACUGUAAAUGUUAAGGAGGAGGACUGUGAAUGGGAGAGUCUGGACAUUAAGGAAGAGGACCGUGAACUGGGGUCAUUGAGUAUUAAACAGGAGGAUGAACAGAAGUGUGUCAGCACUGAGUGUGUCAAGGAAGAUGACCAUAAUUAUGAACAUCAAGAUGGAGCAGUGACCGGGUUAGUCUCUUCUCAUAGCAGACACUCUUCAUCUCCGGAGUCUUCUACCAAUGUAAAAUACGAAUCAUUACAGUCUGAUACAAAGGGGACUGAAGGAAUUUCAUCUGCUAAAACACAGGAGGCUCAGCCACCACCUAAGACGUCAUUUAAAACAAGGGAGAAGCCAUAUGACUGUUCUGAAUGUGGCAAACAGUUUUCACAGAGAAGCUAUCUUCAUCACCACAAAAAAAUUCACACAGGAGAGAAGCCACAUUGUUGUUCUGAAUGUGGCAAAAGAUUUUCAUGGAGAAGCUAUCUUCAGAUCCACCAAAGAAUUCACACAGGGGAGAAGCCAUAUGACUGUUCUGAAUGUGGGAAACAGUUUUCAUUAAGAAGCAAUUUCCAACGCCAUAAAAUAACUCACACAGCACAGAAGCCGUAUUGCUGUUCUGACUGUGGCAAAAAGUUUUCACGGAAAAGCUAUCUUCAGAGCCACCAAAGAAUUCGCACAGGGGAGAAUUCAUAUGACUGUCCUGAAUAUGGCAAAAAGUUUUCACAAAGGUGCCACUUUCAGAGGCACCAAAGAUUUCACACAGAAGAGAAGAAAUAUGACUGUCCUGAAUGUGGUAAAACGUUUUCACAGAGAGGCUAUCUUCAGAGCCACCAAAGAAUUCACACAGGAGAGAAGCCCUUUUCCUGCUUUGAAUGUGGCAAAAAGUUUUCACAGAGAAGCAAUCUUCAGAGCCACCAAAGAAUUCACACAGGGGAGAAGCCAUAUGAGUGCUCUGAAUGUGGAAAACGGUUUUCACAAAGAAGAAAUGUUCAACGCCACAAAAUAAUUCACACAAGACAGUAGCCAUUUGCUGUUCUGAAUGUGGUAAAACGUUUCCAAUGAGAAGAAGGCUUCAGAGGCACCAAAGAAAUCACACGGGAGAAGCCAUAUGACUGCUGUGAAUGUGGCAAAAAAAUUUCACAGAUAAGCCAUCUUCAGAGACAUCAAACUAUAUCUAUAUAUAACUAGUAUCAACUGAAGUGUGUAGUGUCAAUACGAAUUACAAAAUAUAACUAGAGAGUUACGUGUCAGAUAGACUCUCAAAAAUAUAAAUCUCAAUGCCUUUGAGUGUGUUGAGGCUUCACAAAGCCUCCUUUAACUACUCAUGUCUGCUCCAUGUUUCGAACCCCGUUCCACGUUUCAUUAAUCAGUGCGCAUGUCUGCUCAGCGCUUCAAAUCAUAAUUCAUCGAACCACAUUUGCAGUACGAAAUUUCAAAAACUCGACAGAACUUUCAGCUGAAAUGAAUGUUUGUGGAAGAUCAAUAGAUUUUGAAGGAUUGUGCCGAUAAUACAUAGUGACAAGAAACAAAACUAUAAAUUACACAUCUUACAAGUGCCUACUGGUAGAAUGCACAGUAUACUCUACUGAUAAAGCUAAGAAGAACUUUAGUAUUACGGGGUACGACACCUCUCUCUCCAUAAUACACCCUUCUCAUAAGUGCCCCUUCUUUGGCUCUUUAUCAUUAAUUUAUUUUCUCUUUAUAUAUAAAAAGAACAUCCAAAUUGUGUAACGUUUUCAUGCAACCUUCAUUUUUCUUCAGAACCGUAUGUCAUAUAUAAAGUCCUGGCCACAACACAAUGCCUUUUCUCUUCUCGGUCCGCCUCCACUCCUCUCCAACACGCUACGUCUUCUUCCUCCCGACUCUCGCCCUGACUGGAGGGAGGCGGCCCCUUUUAUGUGCCCCGGAUAGGCUCCAGGUGCAUCAUUAGGGCCUCCGUAGCCACACCCCUGUGUGGCGGAACCUCCCAAGGUGUUGCCGGAAGUCCACCGGGUGCUCUCAAGUUUCUUCCCCCCAGCACUUCCCGGUGUGGCGGAAGUACUGAGG